GCGUCACCCGGUGUCGGUACAUCGCCACAAAGGGGCCAUUGUGUUGCCUUAGAACGAUCACACUGUUCGGAGGAUGAAUUAAACCGUAACCACAUUGGCUGGUCACAUGUAGAGCCAUGAAGAAAAGACCAAUGUAAAUUGAUACCGACCUUCAUCCAUUCAGCCAACGCGCGCUGUGCAUGCUUGCUUGCGGUUUCCGAUCCUGGCCUUCCUUGGCCUUUUGUUAAUGCAGUGCGGCCCAAUCAGCGGCCAGAAAUGAUGGUCCACGCGCUGUCUGAAGAUAUUGCAACACGCACGCUGGCUCAGAUUCGUAGACUUGCCCAGUCCCUCCGAGCCAGAUGUUGCGCCCUCUACCGGUGACUAAUACAAAAACUUCCGUCGCCUAUAUGUAUAUACCAUACGAAAAUAAUCCCGUCACACCGGGGGAGACGUAACAAAAAUGUUUUAUUAUAUUUUUUAAAAAUUGUUGUAAUGUUUUUUUGUAUUUAAAGUUCUUUUCCUUUAUUUCAAACCUAUAAUUUGUUAAUCACGUUCAUAAGAUAUUUGUUUAAUACAUCGCUUCUCUUAGUGUUAGUUUUGUUUUCAAGAUCAUUAAACUUAUUUGAUAUCUUAAAACAAACGAAAGUGCAACAAAUAAACAUUAGUACUUCAUAUUAUCCUAAGUCUAAAGCAGACUUCGAAGAUAUCCUGUACAAUAAACACCCUCAACGUUCACACAAUAGAACUUGAGUGAAUGCGAUUUCCAAACGUUUAAGUAAUGGGAGACUUUUGACUAGUUCUAAUUUAUCGCAAGAGGGCGUGCUUCAACGGUCCCGGAAGUAAAGAGUUCGUAUUUUGUUGUCCUUGAUUCGUGCACAAGCAGUGCACCUCAUUCAAUGAAACCUUGCACCAAAUGCCUGGAUCUUGCUGUGCCGUGUUCGGAUGUUGCCACCGCGGAGGGCACACAUUUCCCAAGGACAAAAAAAUACGAAACCAGUGGAGACGGGCCAUCAAAAGGGAUAGUUUCAAACCCAUACGACCGUGGUGGCCAACGGCUAGCAGUCUUGUGUGCAAGGCGCACUUUUUGGACUCCGAUUACGAAGAGAAGUCAGUGCUGGGUUUCAAAGUGAACAAGAAAAAACUAAAGAAAACAGCUGUCCCAAGCCAGUUUGCAUGGAGUAAAGUAGAACCCUCUUCACCAGCACUGUCAAGAGAAAAACGACUGAAGGAACGGAAUGAAAAGAGAAGGCUUGAGAAAGAAGAAGUGAAACAGGAUGAAUGCAGAAAAGGGGAAUCAGCUGAGAAUGAUGCCGUCGUGCAAGAUCUUAAUCUUGCCAUGCAGGUUGACAUCGAGAGUGUUCCAGUCAUUCAGGAGGUACACAUUCAAACUGAUCCCCUGCCCAACUAUUCUACGUGCACUUCCGAAACACAGACAGAGUCUAAUCGUGGGUUUACGAUAGAGGAUUUCAAGACUGAUUCAGCAGGAGUGCAUUAUUACACAGGUCUUCAAGAUUACCUCACAUUUUCUGAUGUUUUAGCUUCAUUGGGGCCGAGUGCAUUUAAGUUGACAUACUUACACGGUGUACGACCCAGCAUCUGUGUACCAGAUCAGUUUUUUCUAACUGUUAUAAAAUGCAGAAGAUACACGCCAAACUUUGAACUAAGUCGUAUGUUCAAAAUAAGUGAGUCAGAAGUUUACUGUAUCUUUGUAACCUGGAUGAGAUUUAUGAGUCUUCAGUGGAGAGAGGUGGAUAUAUGGCCCAGCAGAGACUGUGUUAGUUUUUAUGCUCCAUCAGAUUUUAAGAGGAACUUCCCCACUACACGGACUAUCCUUGAUGGGUUUGAAUUUCCUGUAAAGAAACCCAAAGCUCCCACUGCUCAGCAAGUCACCUUUUCUACAUACAAAAAUCGCAAUACAGCAAAGUCAGUUCUUGGAGUGACCCCAGGGGGUCUUGUCAGUUAUAUGUCUUGUGCUUAUGGAGGUUCAACUAGCGACCGACAAAUAGCAGAACGCAGUGGACUGACUAGGAGAACAGAUCCAGGAGACGCCAUCAUGGUAGACAAGGGAUUUGAUAUCCAGGACACUUUUGCACCAGUAGAUGUCACCAUAAACAUCCCAACAUUCUUCAGGAAGAAGAAUAGAAUGUCAGGAAAGAGUGUUUUAAGGGAUAGGAAAAUUUCCAGUAAGCGAGUCCAUGUUGAGAGAAUUAUUGGUCUUGGCAAAACGUACAAAAUUCUCACACAGCCACUCAAUCAGACAGAGAUGACUCUAGCAUCUAACAUCGCAUUCGUUUGUUUCAUGCUGCUUAACUUCAGAAAAUGCAUCAUUCCAAGCAGUGCCUAA